CGCGCGCUGCUUUAUGGCGGGAACCGCAUGUGGCACUACGGCGAGGUACGGCACGCGUCAAAAGCAAACGACUCCAAUAUGGCGAAUGUGAGGGACAGUGAUACAUCGUUGUGGCUACAUAACAAGCUCGGCACGUCAAACGAUAGCUGGACUGGCAGCUCGAUCUGCUCGCAGCUCAAUGCCGAAGUAUUGCGGAAUAUCAAGGAUUGUUUUCCCGACCUGCAAACGCAGGUUAAACUCAAGCUACUCCUGUCGUUUUUCCACAUACCCAGACGCAAUGUGGAAGAGUGGCGUGUGGAACUGGAAGAGAUCAUUGAAGUUGCAUCACUCGAUAGUGAAUUGUGGGUAUCGAUGUUAUCCGAAGCGAUGAAGACUUUUCCAUCAACUGGUUCUUUGAAUACGGAUAUUACUGAUUUGGAUGAACAUAGGCCAAUUUUUGGUGACUUGGUCAAUGAUUUGCGGAAACUUCUAAAAAAGCAAAAUGAUCCUGCUAUGCUUCCCUUAGAGUGUCAUUAUCUUAACAAGACUGCAUUGACUUCAGUAGUAGGCCAGCAACCGACACCAGUCAAACAUUUCACUCUCAAGAGAAAACCAAAAAGCGCGGCCUUAAGAGCAGAAUUGCUUCAAAAAAGCACUGAUGCCGCUAAUAAUCUUAAAAAAAGUACAGCUCCUACUGUACCAGUGAGAAGCAGAGGAAUGCCAAGGAAGAUGACUGACACAACACCUUUGAAGGGAAUACCAAGCAGAGUUCCGACAAGUGGUUUUCGAUCUCCCUCACUCACAAAUACUUCUAUGUCAAAUAGAACAUCGAUCAGCAGUAGAAUUCGAAAAGAUGGAGGUAUUAAAUUACUGGAUAUUAAUGAGCAACCUCUCGGAUAUGCACAAGCAAAGAAGAGGAAAAAGAUGUUGGAACUGGAAGAGCAACAGAAGAAAGUUGCGGAAGCGCAAGCGGCCGCUGCGGCAGCAGCAGCUUCAGCGGCCUCGCCAGUCACGGAAACCCCGGCGACUCCGGAAUACGCACAAGGAUUGGCUGCGAUAAAUCCACCUGCCACACCAGUUACACCAGCUACAGUGGCACCAGCGCAAUCCUAUACCGCACCUAGCACGCCAAGCAGCAUUUCGGUUACAACUACGCAGCAAACAUCUACUACGUUAACAACUACCACCACAACGCCCACUGCUAUCCUAGCAGUAGCCACACCGACGGUGAUAACAUCUGUGGAAAGUACUCCCGUUGCCGUACAAACGGUCAGACCGGCUCAAACAGUCACUCAGAUUCGUAUACAAACUACUGCACAACCUAAUGCGGCGGCUAAUCCAAGAAAAGGCCUAUCUCUUACGCGAGAACAAAUGUUGGAAGCACAAGAAAUGUUUAGAACUGCAAAUAAAGUAACGCGUCCAGAAAAGGCUCUUAUCUUAGGUUUUAUGGCUGGUUCUAGAGAUAAUCCUUGUCCUAAAUUGGGCAAUAUAGUCACAGUAAUGCUUUCGGAAAAUAUAGAAGAAGUAACACAAUCGGAUGGAACAACUGUCCCGAUGUUGGUUGAAACGCAUUUCCAAAUGAAUUAUACGAAUGGCGAAUGGAAGAGGAUAAAGAAGAAUCGACGUAUCGUGACAGAGGAGUCUACAUCAGCGACCACUCCCGCGCCGAACGCAACUGCCACGGCUUCCAAUUAAAAAAAUCUGUUCAGAUUGCUAUAUCAUAGAAUUUAUGUGUAUAUGGAAAUAUCAUUUUGUUAUUAGGAAAUGAUAUGAAAAUUGUGAUGGUACGUCUUCUUAACGAAUUGAUAAGAC